AUGCGACAAGAAACCGUACAAGAACAGUAUCGGGCCGAGAGUACCACCCAUGCACCUGAUACUCUUCAAAUGCACCAUCUUGAUAGUUUGACCACUCUCACCAGCCAAACCAGUCCAGACGUUCCAGCAGUUCCGGCAGUUCUGGAGGGUCCAGAGGGUCCAGAGGGUCCAGAUGAUCUAGAGGCUCCAGGGAAUCAGUCUGGAGAGAGAAGACUAGAACUAGGAUUAGGAGAAGAGCAUGUGGAUGUGCCUGAGUCUGAGGACUCUGACGAUCAAGACAGCAUUGUUGAUGUUCAGCCUCCUCGAAGAAAAACCAAGCCAAACUUCCUACAAAAAUUGCCUAUCUUUUCUGUACUUUCAUUGAUAUGUGCUGGUUGUGCACUAGCAAUUCAAUCAGCAUGUAAUGCAACAUUGACUCGUUACGGUACUCGUUCCUUUACUUCUGUCUUUAGUUUUGGUUCAGGAUUGAUUCUGUGCACUAUAUUUUUCCUUGUAGAUAUCUUUAUUCUCAAGAGACCACUGCCUAACAUACGCAAAGCUAAAGAGGCACCAUGGUUCUCGUGGAUAGGCAGACUGGGUGCUGCUACUGUACUAGCCAUCUUUGUUGGUUCUCAAGUUAUCGUGGCAUGCAUCGUUGACCACUUUGGGUUAGUGGGCAUGAAGAAGAGACCAUUCACUAUCCCAAGGAUUAUCGCCUCACUUGGUCUGGUUGGCUGUGUAGUUGUGAUUGCAAUGUUUUGA